AUGAGUAAAAACCACUGUACUGCCUUAGCAAUACAUAAUUCUUAUUUAAACGACGAUGUUAUUAAUGCAUUUUUAGACAUCGUAAAAUUACAAACAUCAUUUAUUCCACAAAACGUAUUAUUUUAUCAAACACCACUUAUGUAUUCAGCCGUUGAGAACGUGGAUGAUUUUCAAAUUUUAUAUGAUGGUUCUAUUGGAAAUGAUGCUAUUGGGCAUUGGCUAUGUGUGUAUUAUCGUAAUGAAACUAAGUGCGUAGAAGUGUACGAUAGUCUAUACCAUACGCUUAAUGAUAAUUUAUUUGAGAUUUUGGAUAUUUUAUAUCCUUCAAAAUCCAAUGUUGUGUUUAAGUCUGUUAUAAAACAGCCAGAUGGGUAUUCAUGUGGAGUUUUUGCAAUUGCAUUUGCUACAUCACUAUUAUUUGGACGUAAUCUAUCGGAUGAAUGUUAUAUUAUCGAUUGCAACAAUAUGAUAUGUAAAACCUGGACGUUACGUAACCAUUUAAAUAACAUAUUAGUCAGUACAUUAUUACAACCUUUCCCUACUCGCCAAUCACAUGUAGCCCAGAGUACUGAUAUUUUAUCUUUAAAAAACAAAAAAAUAAAAAUAAUAAAAACCAAGACUGCAAUAGGGCGUAAAAAGCGUAAAAGUAUAAUUAAUAAAAAUAUCAGACUACACACGGGCGAAGCCGGGUAA